ACCUCCUUCAUAUUCAUUUCGAGUGGAAGAACCGCUGCUGUGAGCGCCAGAGAAAGUGCACGACGAACACGCGCAUUCGCGGCAGCUUCGGUGUGACUCGUAAAUCUCCGUUCGCCGCGAGACACCCGCGCGAGUUUCUUCCUAAAAACUUAGCAAACAGCAAAUACGUGGAAGUUUUCUAACGGUCCCUCUACGCACCUGGACAAAAAGCUUUUGUGUGGUUCGGCUAGUUUAAACGUGACUCCUUUUUUCUCGCUAUUUUUGCAAAAACGCGCGCUGCACGAGAGAAAUCUGGCUGAGAGGCUUGUUUUGAGCAACUUCAGCGUGGGACAUUUUCUCCGGAGAACGCUUGUUUUGGAGUAACGUUUUACAAACCUAAAUAACUCCCACAAGAAGUGCAAAACAACGCAGUGCUCACAAUAACAUCCAGAGGUAGCUCUAUGCUUGCAUUGGUGAUGGGCCAGUGCUGCCCACAGCUGAGUGAAUGAGCUGACUCGGCCCACCCUCCUCGCCCAGCUGCCCAUCUCUCAGGAUGAUGAAGUCAUGGCAUUUGCUUCUCCUGUGGGUUAUUCUAGCUCAGCUCCCCUUGGCCCACUCACGUCCCGCAGUAACCGAACAAGGUCACGCAACAGCGUCUUCCGAGGAUGAGGACGACGAUGAGUCAUCGUCAGAAGAGAACAAGCCGUCAAGUAGCCAGGAGCUCUUACCAAUGGCACCUCAUUGGGCCCAACCUGAAAAGAUGGAAAAAAAGCUUCAUGCCGUACCAGCCAGCAAAACGGUGAAAUUCCGAUGUCAGGCCGAGGGAAAUCCGAUGCCGAAACUACGCUGGCUUAAGAAUGGAAAAGAGUUCAAAAGAGACCAGCGCAUCGGGGGAUACAAGCUGCGGGAACACAUGUGGACAAUAAUCAUGGAGUCCGUGGUGCCCUCAGACAAGGGCAACUACACGUGCCUGGUGGAGAACGAAUAUGGAAGCAUUAAUCACACCUAUCAGCUGGACGUAGUGGAGCGAUCGCCUCACAGGCCUAUCCUGUACGCUGGUCUCCCUGCAAAUCGAACAGCUGUGGUCGGCAGUGACGUAGAGUUUGUUUGCAAGGUCUUCAGCGAUCCCCAGCCUCACAUUCAGUGGCUCAAACACAUACAUGUGAACGGAAGCAAACUGGGACCUGAUGGACUCCCCUACGUACGCAUCCUAAAGACGGCAGGCCUAAACACCACCGACAAGGAGAUGGAGGUGCUCCAGUUGAGGAAUGUGUCCUUUGAGGAUGCUGGGGAGUAUACUUGCUUGGCGGGCAAUUCAAUUGGGAUCUCCCAUCAUUCAGCUUGGUUGACCGUUGUCAAAGCCCCAACCACUCCCUCUGCAGUCCCCAGUCAGUCCUACCUGGAGGUGCUGAUCUACUGCGUUGGAUUCUUCCUCAUCUUCCUCAUGGUAGGAAUCGCCACCAUCGUCAAAGUCCACAGCUCCUCCAAGAAGAGCGACUUCAGCAGCCAGCUGGCCGUCCAUAAGCUGGCCAAAAGCAUUCCUCUCCGCAGACAGGUGUCUGUGGAAUCCAGUUCCUCUCUGAACUCUGGUGUGAUGUUGGUCCGACCUUCACGGCUCUCCUCCAGCGGGACGCCCAUGCUGUCAGGGGUGUCUGAGUACGAGCUGCCCCAGGACCCAUGCUGGGAGGUGCCCCGAGAGAGGCUGGUACUUGGGAAACCUCUGGGUGAGGGCUGCUUUGGUCAGGUGGUGAUGGGCGAAGCCAUCGGACUGGACAAAGACAAGCCCAACCGCAUAACUAAAGUUGCUGUGAAAAUGCUGAAAUCUGAUGCCACUGAGAAGGAUCUGUCUGACCUCAUCUCAGAGAUGGAGAUGAUGAAGAUGAUCGGAAAACACAAGAACAUCAUCAACCUGCUCGGAGCUUGUACCCAGGAUGGCCCUCUGUAUGUCAUCGUGGAAUACGCCUCUAAAGGAAACCUGCGGGAAUAUCUGCGUGCCCGCCGGCCACAUGGCAUGGAGUACUGUUACAAUCCUGACCAGGUGCCUGUGGAGAGCAUGUGCAUUAAAGACUUGGUCUCCUGUGCCUACCAGGUGGCUCGUGGCAUGGAGUACCUGGCAUCCAAAAAGUGUAUCCACAGAGACUUGGCAGCACGCAAUGUACUUGUUACAGAGGACAAUGUAAUGAAGAUAGCAGACUUCGGUUUGGCCCGGGAUGUUCAUCACAUAGAUUACUACAAGAAGACUACAAAUGGCCGGCUGCCUGUCAAAUGGAUGGCACCUGAGGCUUUAUUUGACAGGAUUUACACUCAUCAAAGUGACGUGUGGUCUUUCGGUGUUCUUCUGUGGGAGAUAUUCACUCUGGGGGGCUCGCCGUAUCCAGGAGUGCCUGUGGAAGAGCUCUUCAAGCUACUGCGAGAAGGUCAUCGCAUGGACAGACCCUCAGCCUGCACUCAGGAGAUAUACCUGAUGAUGAAAGACUGCUGGCAUGCAGUUCCCACACAGAGGCCAACUUUUAAACAGCUGGUAGAAGACCUUGAUCGCACUCUGUCCAUGAUAUCCAAUCAGGAGUAUCUGGACCUCUCCGUUCCCCUGGAGCCCAUGUACUCUCAGGUCAUCCUGAAUGAACGGAGUUCCACCUGCUCCUCCGAGCCGGACUCAGUCUUUUUAAGAGAGUCUGGACCCGAAGAACCCUGCAUCCCUCCGACAGUCUCCCCACAACAAAACAUACGAUCCUUCAAAAAACGCUGACAGUAGAGAACACCUGCACCUCUAUGUUCACAGAGGAUCUCUCUGCAUCUUUCUGCUUCCUCUGACUCGUAAACUCUGCAGGCUCGGAGACUGAGGUCAGCCUGGGCUUUUCUAGCACAGAAACGCAAGCGGGAGGAAACGUUUCAUACCAGCAGACUCAAAAACAAGACUGAUCACAACAGAGAGUCUCACGUGGGGAACUAUCACACUUUCUGUCCAUCGACUGAUCUCCAGAUGUGCGAAAAGUAUCACAGAAGAAUAAAAAUGUUGUUGACGCCAGCAAAGUCAAUGGGGUGGAGAAAUAAUUAUGAAAAAAAAGUGUUACCCAGUAGAGUAUGUUGGCUUUGUAAAUGUGGUUAGACUGUACAAAUAUGAAAUUAUAUAAACACAAUGGUUUUAUAUUACAAUUAUAAUAAUUAUUAUUUUUGUAUGAGUUUGUUUAUUCCUUUUUUGGUUCAAGAACAUGAUCCGCAGCACAGUGUUCUAACCAGUCACAACCGGAAUAUCUGUUUGUUUGACCAAUGGCAGAUGCAGUAAUUAUUCAGGAAACCUGUUUGAAAACAGUUGUGCAGAAAUUACACACUUCACCUUUAAAUGUCAAAUAUGAUCUGGCUGGUUGUGAUUGUGUUACAUUUUCUCUUUCACUGUGGAAAAAUGAAUAACUUAUGGUUAAAAAUGUCCUUCUCGUGCCUGUACGGUGUCACAGAUUUAUGGAAGAGUUUCUAUAUGUUAAAAUAAGCUAGAAAUGAAAUAUUACUCAUUGCUUGCUGUUCCGAUCAUAAGGUGCGGUUACCUUUUGUUUGGUGUCCUGGAAGACUAAAUUCAAGUUUGAAUGAAUGUUUAGUAACUAUUAAUAUGAAACGGCUGUUUAGCAUUAGCAUGGUGGUUGAUAAUCUGUAAAAUGCACCAGUUUCAGAGCAUUGCAUGUCUGUAGCUUCUUCAUAAUUUGAAGCUACACUCUCAAAUGACAGGGUUUAUAUGACAGGAUUGUUGUGAGGAACAGUGUGCAGUUUGUUCUCAAAUAGUUUUGAUGUGUUCGUGAUUGUUUAUGGUACGUCCUGAUGUGAAUUUCGAGGCAGUGGCCUUGCACUUAUAUUCAGGCUUUCAAUAAGCUGACUGAUACUGCCUUUCCUGUGGGAAUAUAAAUAAAAAAUGUUAUACAUAAAAUAUG